CCCGAGGGUGUUUCGUGCAUUAGACCCGAAGCUUCGGCCGCGACCACGACCCCGAUGUUGUCCGCCACGCUGCCGCUUCUGUCCGUAGCCACUGCCACCGCUGAAAUCUGUGCGACCGCCCUGUCGCCGAGUUCCACCACUGUCGGCGCCUCCACUGCCGGCAUAGAGGGCUGUCCUGCCAUCUCCUACGCCACCACUGACCCCCAACUCAUCCCGUUGUUGUUCAAUGAGAAGAAGGGCCGACCGAGUUUGAAGGAAAGUGGGGGGGCGGUGUUUGGUAUUGAAGAAAAGAGGUUUGUGACCGAAGAUCAUCUGGGAGGCCACGAAGAACUUGUAGAACAAGUUGUUGCUCGGAGACGGGGACGUCUACAUCGUCCAACCAAUCCGCGAGAUUGCGAAUCUGGAAUAGCAGCCCUUGACAUUAAGAAACUUAAGGAUUCUGGUCUAUAUACUGUGGAAUCAGUCAUGUACGCUCCUAGAAAGGAUCUUGUGCAAAUAAAGGGGAUCAGUGAAGCUAAAGUUGACAAAAUUAUAGAAGCAGCUUCAAAAUUGGUGCCCUUGGGGUUCACUUGUGCAAGCCAACUCCAUGCGUAGAGGCUUGAAAUCAUUCAAAUAACAUCUGGAUCAAAAGAACAUGAAGGUCUUGGAAGGGCAACUGCAAUACCAGAUGGCUGGAUGGGGUUAGAUGUUGGAAAUGAUACAAUCAUAUAUUUGGGGAAGCUUUGGAUGCCACCCAAAAAAUUCUUCUCCAACUGACGCCUUUUGGAUGUGAAUGAGAGAAUGACAUUCUUCUUGCUCCUCUGUUACAAUGAAUAUCACAAAAGCCAAUUCUCCUGCAUAUCACAAUGGCCAGUUCUCCUUAAGCUGUACGGUGAUUUCCUCUUGUCCAGCAUUCAUACCUUCCCGGUGAAAUAGGCAUAAUUUUCGCGUGUCCCCUAGCAAUGGAUUACAAUCCUUGGGCGAUUCGAAUUGUUAGCAUAAUCAACCCCCGAUUUCCAGAUUCUUGGCGGUGCGUAUCAAAUGUGCAGAUUUCCCGGUAUGAUUGAUACGUUUUUUCUGAUUCCUCGUCUUNGAGGUGAGGGGGGUAAAAUGGGUGUGGUGUGGGUUUAUGUCGUUCUCCGUGGAGUCAAGAAAGGCAAAAUCGGGGG